GCGAUGACUUUGAUGGACAGUUGAUGGAUCUAGGCCACGUAACAAAAGGACGGAUUAUCAGCUGACAGGAAGUCAGGCAAAAGAAUACAUCCAUGGCUAAGGUAGUUCCAUUAGUCCCCUCCCCCAUCGCCAGAUUAAAUCCGCCCAAAAUAAUUCUACUACACAUGGAGGAGGAGCCAGGUGAAGACAGCGCUGAUGACCGGGUUGCUCAGAGAGACGAGCCAGGAGUUCUGUUCAACGUCAAUAACAGCAAUAACAACAAAGAAGAGGAUAAAAAGCAGAAAAAGAAAGAGAAGAAAGAAAGAAAAGAGAAGAAAGAGAAGGAGAAGCAGGAGAAGAAGGAGAGAAAGGAGAAGAAACAGAAGGAGAAAGAAGAGAAGGAGAAGGAGAAGAAGGCCAUAGAGGAGGCUCCCAAGGAGAUCACAGUGAUUGAUCCGGCAGGUAACACCUACUACCACUGGCUGUUUAUAAUCACCAUCCCCGUCAUGUACAACUGGACCCUGAUCAUUGCCAGGGCGUGUUUUGAGGAGCUACAGACGGACUAUAUUGUCUUCUGGUUCAUUAUGGAUUUUGUCUCUGACCUCAUCUAUAUCGCUGACAUGAUCUUCAGAACCAGGACUGGUUACCUGGAGCAGGGUCUGCUGGUAAAGGACGAGCAGAAGCUGCGUGAGCGUUACCUGCAAAGCUUCCAGUUCAAACUGGACAUGGCCUCCAUGGUUCCCACCGACCUGCUGUACUCGAUCCUGGGCCUCAAGUACCCGGAGAUCCGGCUCAAUAAGCUCCUUAGGUUCAACAGGAUGCUUGAGUUCUUUCAGAGGACAGAGACCAGGACUAACUACCCCAACGCCCUCCGUAUCUCCAACCUGGUCAUGUACAUCGUCAUCAUCAUCCACUGGAACGCCUGCCUCUACUACUCCUUCUCCAAGGCCAUCGGUUUCGGUGCAGAUAGGUUUGUGUAUCCUGACCCGGCAGAUCCAGAGUUUGGGCGCCUGGUGAGGAAGUACGCUUACAGUAUGUACUGGUCCACCCUGACGCUCACCACCAUCGGAGAAACUCCGCCCCCUGUGGAGAACUCGGAGUACUUCUUUGUCGUUACUGACUUCCUGGUGGGCGUGCUGAUCUUUGCAACCAUUGUUGGUAAUGUUGGUUCAAUGAUCACAAACAUGAACGCCGCCAGAGCCAACUUCCAGGCUCGCAUCGACGCCAUCAAACAGUACAUGAGCUUCAGAAAGGUUACCAAGGACCUGGAGAAGCGAGUGAUCAAGUGGUUUGACUUCCUGUGGACCAAUAAGAAAGCGGUGGAUGAGAGGGAGGUGUUGAAGUUCCUGCCUGACAAGCUGAGAGCCGAGAUCGCCAUCAACGUCCACCUGGACACGCUGAAGAAGGUUCGUAUCUUUGCGGACUGCGAGGCCGGCCUUCUGGUGGAGCUGGUGCUGAAGCUGCAGCCUCAGGUGUACAGUCCAGGUGACUACAUCUGUAAGAAGGGCGACAUCGGCAGAGAGAUGUACAUCAUCAAGGAGGGGAAACUGGCUGUCGUUGCCGACGACGGAAUCAAACAGUUUGUGGUCCUGAGUGACGGGAGCUACUUUGGAGAGAUUAGCAUCCUGGCUAUCAAAGGAAGUAAGGCAGGAAACAGGAGGACGGCUAACAUCAGGAGCAUUGGUUAUUCAGACCUCUUCUGUCUUUCCAAAGACGACCUGAUGGAGGCGCUAACAGAGUACCCUGAUGCUAAAGCGCUGCUGGAGGAGAAGGGAAGACAGAUUCUGAUGAAGGACGGGCUUCUGGACCUGGAGGUGGCAGCGCAGGGCCCCGACCCCAAAGAGAUGGAGGAGAAGGUGGAGCGGAUGACGGGCACGUUGGACGUCCUGCAAACUCGUUACGCUCGGCUGCUGGCCGAACACGAGGCCACUCACAGCAAACUCAAACACCGAGUCGCGCGGCUCGAGAAGAAGCUGGUGCCACAGAGUGAAGCUCCGCCCCCUCAAACACCGUAACAAAGACAACUAAACAAGAAGAAGAGAGGAAGUAGAGUGAAAACAAAGAGGAGAAGGAGGGACAGGACAGGGAGGUUUGAUUUGAUAUUCCCUCAGGUUUACCGUCCCAAACAGGAGGGUCACAUUUCUUGAAUCUAAAUAUGAGAUUUCUUUCAGGUGAAUCAUUCUUUGCUAAUUUAAAAUGUACUCAAUUUAAGCAAUAAUAUGCAACUUUCAGAGUAGACGUCCAGUAGAUGUCACCCUUUAGCGACCUGUCUCCCAAACCAAAACAAAGCUUCUCUUUGGCCACGCCUCCUCUGUCCCUCAGCUCCCUCCCUUUGUGUUAGGUUAAGCCGAGUGGGGACGUCUGUAGGUGUCUUCAGAUAUGCAGCCUUAAGUUGAUUUGGUCGUCAUCUGUUUGUAAAGCCUGGAUCCUUCAGUUGUACUCCUGACGACACUCUACGCCUCUGGAAACAGCGUCCCUCAGUGGGCGGGGCCGUCUCUCUCUUCCUCCAUGUGGGGGCUAACGGGUAGAGAGGGAGGAGUUUAAGUGUAACAAAUAUUUGUAGAUUUACAAGCUGAAUGUAAUACUAUGUGAUUAUAAUGUACUGUAUAUUAAAUGUUUAGUACU